AUGUCCGAUAAUAUGCAAAUAGACUCGCCAUUGCAAGAAAUCGACGAGGGUUUAUACUCACGUCAAUUGUAUGUGUUGGGUAAAGAAGCAAUGCUCAAGAUGCAGAAUGCCAACGUCUUAAUCAUUGGUUUAAAUGGAUUGGGUGUUGAGAUUGCCAAAAACAUUGCCCUUGCUGGGGUCAAAUCAUUAAGUUUGUACGAUCCAAACCCAAUUCAAAUUCAAGAUUUAUCAACACAGUUUUUCCUUUCUGAGUCGGAUAUUGGUCAGCCAAGGGAUCAAGUGAGUGCUGUUAAAUUACGCGAAUUGAAUGCAUAUGUUCCUAUUAGCGUUGUUGACAAUGUCAAGGAAGAGACUUUGUUGAAAUUUAAAUGUAUUGUUACAACCAAUAUCUCUUUGGAGCAACAAGUCCAAAUCAAUCAAAUAACCCAUGCCAAUGACAUUGGGUAUAUAAAUGCCGAUGUUCGUGGUUUAUUUGGACAAAUUUUUGUUGAUUUUGGUGACAAGUUUACCAUUGUUGAUCAAACUGGCGAAGAACCAUUGUCAGGGAUUGUGUCUGAUAUUGAGAAAAAUGGAACCGUAACUAUGUUGGAUGAAAAUAGACAUGGGCUUGAAGAUGGCAAUUAUGUUAAAUUUUCCGAAGUCGAAGGAUUGCCAGCCUUGAAUGAAGGCAUACACAAGGUUGAAGUUUUGGGACCUUAUGCAUUCAAGAUUAAGUUGGAUGGAAUCGAAGGUGAAUACAAAAAGGGAGGUCUUUACACCCAAGUAAAAGUGCCAAAAGAUGUUAAAUUUGAACCUUUACUUGAACAGUUGAAAAACCCCGAGUUUUUAAUAUCCGAUUUUGCCAAAUUUGACAAACCAGCACAAUUGCACAUAGGAUUCCAAGCCUUGCACGCCUUUAAGACCAAAAGACAAAGAUUACCAAAACCUUAUAAUGUGGAGGAUGCCAACGAAGCCUUUGCUUAUGCUGAACAAUUGGCUAAACAAAACAACGUUGAGGAUAUUGAUGAAUCGUAUUUGAAGGAAUUAUUUUAUCAAGCUCAGGGAGACAUCCCGGGAAUGGUGGCAUUCUACGGCGGGUUAAUUGCCCAAGAAGUUUUGAAAUGUUGCUCCUCCAAGUUUACCCCAAUCAAGCAAUGGUUAUAUUUUGAUUCAUUGGAGUCGUUACCUGGUAAAGAAGAAUACCCCCGCAGUGAAGAAAAUAAUAAGCCCAUUGGCUCAAGAUAUGAUGGGCAAAUUGCCGUAUUUGGUAAGAAAUUCCAAGACAAAAUUGCCAAUUUAAAAGUAUUCCUUGUCGGAGCCGGAGCCAUUGGUUGCGAAAUGUUGAAAAAUUGGGCAAUGAUGGGAUUAGGUUCAGGCCCUGAUGGUAAGAUUUUCAUCACUGACAAUGACUCGAUUGAGAAAUCCAACUUGAAUCGUCAGUUUUUGUUUAGACCCAAAGACGUUGGUAAAAACAAGUCAGAUGUUGCUGCGCAAGCGGUCCAAGCUAUGAAUCCUGCGUUGAAAGGCAAAAUUGAAUCAAGAUUGGACAAAGUGGGACCAGAGACACAAGAUAUUUUUGACGAUGCAUUUUGGAACAAUUUGGAUUUGGUUACCAAUGCAUUGGACAACAUCGAAGCUAGAACUUAUGUUGAUAGUCGGUGUGUAUUUUUCCAAAAACCAUUGUUAGAGUCUGGAACAUUGGGAACAAAAGGUAACACACAAGUUGUUGUUCCAUUUUUGACUGAGUCAUACUCAUCGUCGCAUGACCCACCAGAAAAGUCAAUUCCGUUAUGUACCUUGAGAUCGUUCCCCAGCAAAAUUGACCACACUAUUGCAUGGGCCAAAUCAUUAUUCCAAGGGUAUUUCGUUGACUCACCAGAAAGUGUGAAUUUGUAUUUGAGUCAACCAAACUAUGUUGAGCUGUCGUUGAAGCAAAACCCAGAUAAGAAAGGAACUUUGGAAAACAUUUCCAAGUACUUGAAUCAACGUCCGUACAGUUUUGAAGAUUGCAUCAAGUGGGCCCGAUUGGAAUUCGAAACCAAAUUCAAUCACGAGAUUAAGCAAUUGUUGUACAAUUUUCCCCACGAUGCUAAGACCUCAACUGGAGAACCAUUUUGGUCAGGACCCAAACGUGCUCCUACCCCAUUAAAGUUUGACGUCAAUAACAAGGACCAUUUGGAUUUCAUUAUUGGCGGGGCAAAUUUGUUGGCAUUCAUUUAUGGGUUGAAGGAGCAAAAUAAUAUCGACACCAAGGUUUUGGAUAAAGUUGAAGUCCCUGAAUUCCAACCAAAGUCUGGAGUUAAGAUUGCUGCUACUGAUGCCGAAGCUGAGGAACAGGCUAAUAACUUAUCUUCUGAUGACGAUGAACAAGUUAGGAAAAUUGCUGCAUCUUUACCCGAGCCAAGCACUUUGGCUGGGUACAGAUUGAGCCCAAUUGAGUUUGAAAAGGACGACGAUACCAACCACCAUAUAGAGUUUAUCACUGCUGCUUCAAACUGUAGAGCAUUAAACUAUGGUAUUGAAACUGCAGAUGCCCACAAGACAAAGUUUAUUGCCGGUAAGAUUAUUCCAGCUAUUGCUACUACAACCGCAUUGGUUACAGGGUUAGUGUGUCUUGAAUUAUACAAGGUUGUUGAUAAGAAGGAUGAUAUUGAGCAAUACAAAAAUGGGUUCAUUAAUUUGGCAUUGCCAUUUAUUGGAUUUUCUGAGCCUAUAAAGUCAGCUCGUGCUAAAUAUGGCGCUAAAGAAUACGACCAAGUAUGGGAUCAAAUCAUUAUCGACAAAGACAUAACAUUACAAGAAUUGAUUGAUAAGUUUGCCAAUGAAGAUAAAUUGGAGAUUUCAAUUUUAUCAUACGACGUUGUUGUAUUGUAUGCUUCUUUCUUCCCGCCAAAAAAGAAGCAAGAGAGAUUGGGCUUGCCUAUUUCCCAAGUGGUUAAAUUAGUCACCAAAAAGGAUAUUCCAGCCCACGUCCAUUAUUUGGUGUUGCAAGCCUGCUGCGAAGAUGAAGAAGGUGAAGAUGUAGACGUUCCACCAAUCAGUAUCAAGUACAAAUAG